AGUUCUCCCUAAGCAGGCAUUUCGUGAUCGAAGCUUUUGCCACGGAAUAUCAACUUGUUUAGCCCUUCUUACGCGCUUCGCCCACCAACCUAGCCACCCGACUCAUAUACAGACGGACCCAACUAUUCAUGACAUCGGACAUCGCAAACUACCUAUAUCUCGACGGCACAAUUGUGAAAGAUGAGAUUAUUGGAGUGGGUGGUGCAGGCAUUGUCGUCAAUCGAGGAGGAUACGCCUUCAAAAUCCCCCGGAUAUCGAAGUUGUCCGAAAUUGAUGGUGUUCCUGUUCAUGACAGAAUAUUGGACCACAAUGAAGACAACUACAACGAGCUCGCCGUUGCCAUCAUGUCUUUCAAGCACGAAAAAGCUAUCUAUAAAAGGCUAGGCGACCAUCCUGGGAUUAUCCGCUGUUAUAACGUCGACUCCGAAGAACCCUCAAUCCAGAUGCCGUUGAUGAAUGGCGACCUACGGCAGCAUCUAGGCGAGAUCCGGCUAAAAAGGUCUCGUCAGCUCUUCUGGUUACUUCACUUGGCGCGUACUAUGGCCUUCGCACAUACUAAACGUGUUAUCAUCUGUGACUUCCGGCUGGAUAAUAUCGUGUAUGACGAUGAUAUGAAUAUCAGGCUCAUUGACUUCUCUGAAUCUUCUUUAAUGCAUCUCGAAUGGGACCUUAAAGGCUGCGAUAAAUAUGGAUUUUCUAUUCUAACCGAUAUUGGACAAUUUGGGGCAGUAAUGUUUGAGAUCAUAACUGGUCAACAUUGUUCGUUUGAUAUCUAUGAAGACUGGCAGCAAGUGGGGGAUCCGACGACUUGGCCUCGACGGGAAACACUUCCGUCAACAAGCGAGGUAUGGCUGGGUUCUAUUAUCGAGAAAUGCUGGACCAAGGGAUUUGCAUCGGCUGGGGAUCUUGAGAGAGAGCUUGAAAAAGAGAACUGCGCAGUCCGGGACGAGGGUUGUCGUGGUUUUCCAACGUAGGAAAUAUUGCACCCAGAAUUCAAUUGUGACCCAUAUGAAGAGUGGGUAAAUUCAUGCUGAGUGUUACAUCCUUUUCACAUGGAGAUAUC